AUGAUGAUGAGCAAUCCGGACAUUACUAAAAUCAGAAACAAGAGCAAGCCAAAUCAUCCAUGUGGUAGUAGUGACAACAAACCGAAGUUGAGAAAGGGACUUUGGUCUCCUGAUGAAGACGAGAAGCUCAUAAGGUACAUGCAGAACAAUGGAAAAAGAUGUUGGAGUGAAAUUGCUAGGAAUGCUGGUCUCUUACGCUGUGGCAAAAGUUGUCGUCUUCGUUGGAUCAAUUACUUGAGGCCUGAUCUUAAACGUGGUUCUUUCUCUCCUCAAGAAGAAGAUCUCAUCAUUCAUUUGCAUGCCAUUCUUGGUAAUAGAUGGUCUCAAAUAGCUACUCAGCUUCCAGGAAGAACAGAUAACGAGAUCAAAAACUUCUGGAACUCCACGUUGAAGAAGAGGCUUAAGAACAACAACAACAAUACUUCUUCAGGUUUAUUACCUUACAAUUGUAAUAGUGAUCUUUUGGACCCAAAAGAUAACCAUGUGGACAUGGGUGGCAAGUCAAAUCCAAUGAUGGAUAGUAAUCAUCAUCAUAAUGACAUGAUGAUAGUGGGAAAUACAAUGCGCAUGGACUCUUCUUCAUUCAGUUUUGCACCUGUGGUAAGUGGUGUGAGCUUAAACCAGUUUGAUCCAUUGAUCUCAGAACCAUAUCAUAAACGAUAUCAACAAAUGGGAAACACAGAGAAUAUUUUCAACGUUAAUGGGUUAGGAGAUUAUGGAAACGUAAUUCUUGAUCCUAUUGGCAAAAGAGCGUGGGUAGAAAGUGAACAGUUUCUUCCCUCGACAGAGAAUACCAAUGUCAUUGCUUGUACCACGAGAAACAGCUUAAACAGGAUGGGCAUGGAGAGUAGUUAUUGGGAUAUAGAAAGCCCUAAAAUAGGAGAUUGGGAUUUGGAUGGUCUCAUCGAUAACAACUCUUCUUUCACCUUCCUUGAUUUCCAAGUUGAUUGA